CUCUGCACACUGGCAAUCAUACCCCCUACACACUGGCAAUCAUGCCCUUGCAUGCCUGGCCUUGCUUUGGUGGGAAAAAGAGGACCUAGAUGGCAGUGGCAUGUUUGAUGAUCUCAGUUUGAUAUUCGAUCUUCUAAUGAUUGCCCAUUCAUCUGGUGGGAGAGAGAGGACCCAGCUCGAAUGGGAGAAACUCUUGGAGAAAGGAGGCUUCCUUAGAUAUCAAAUUGUCACUGUUCCUUCUCUUUUGGCCAUUAUUGAGGCAUAUCCUAAAUAGCAUCAAACUAGCUACCCGUGGCAGUUUUUUCAAUUAAUAGAACUUAUUGAU